AUGGACGAAAACAACGAAAACAACGAAAACGCAAGAAACAUAAUCAUAGAGAUAGAUUUAGAAAACCCUUCUCCAAUUUUACAACCGACUCCAAUAACCGAUCUUUUGAGUUUUGAAGAUAUUAUUGACGAACCUUUCCAAAAUUCUACUACAACUUCUUGGCAACCCACAACCAAUAAAACACAUGAAACGCGUGAAGGUCAUAGAUCACAAUCCAUUACAUGCGAUUCCUGUGCAUCCUAUACUAAAAAAAUAAAUAUGUACAAACAACAACUUGAUUCCAUGGAACAAGAAGCAAUCAAUCGCCGAGAGAAAUUGGCCAAUAGUUACAAUGAGUUAAGAAAAGUUUUAAACCUUAAAAAAGAAUUAAUCGAAAAGUAUUCAGCGAACGACGAAUCUUCUAGAUCCUUGAACUCUGGAUAUUUUUCAAAGCCUGCAAACAACAUUUAUUCGUACGGAUAUUCCGAUGCUGGUCCUAG